GCUGCUAAAGGGAAAUGAUUGGGUAAACCCAAGAUGAUUGCUCCUCUACUAAGCGACAAAUAUUCCCGUCAAAGUCCACCUACUAUUACUUCUAUUACUUAAAAAUUAAAAAAAUAUAUUAUAAAAGAGAAGAGAUCUGAGAAAGAGAAGGGUUUAUCUUUUUAAUUUGAUUUUGAAAACAGACCAUGCCGUUACCAAAAUGAUGACCAUAAAAAGAGCGACCGAUGGGAUCACACUACGCGGACUGUCGCCUUAAACCACGCCGUUUCGAUGCUCUCUUUUGUUUACUUCUCAUCGACACAUUCCUUCUUUUAUACUCUAUUUGACGUCCUUCUCUGAACAGAUGAUUUCUUCUUUAUUUUUCACAUCAAACAAAUAUUCUUCUUCUUUCUGUAUGAAUUUCUUCAGGAUUUAAGUUGUUUGGUGGUGGCUGAGAAAAUUGCUGAAAAGAGAAUAAACAAAAGUAGUCUGCGGCAGACUGGAUUGAUGUGCUAUGCAGAGAUCACGUACAGCUCUUCUGCAAAGAAGAGCUUUGGACGUGGUUGUUACUGGAAGGAGCCGCUUCUACAAGGUUUCUCUGUCUUUGGUUUUUGUUUUGUGGGGAAUUCUCUCCCUCUUCAGCUUGUGGCUUUGUCAUGGUGAUGGUUAUAGAGGUGGAUCUGUAGUCCUUGGCUUAUCAACUUGGGAUGAAGCUAAGAUGAGACACGAUGAACAUUCUGAUUCUCCUGGUCAAUGGUUGGCAGACGAAUCUGGCUUUUCUUCUUCUCAUGAUGGUUUUUGUACAAAUGGUGCUGAGACCACAGCUCUUUAUGCUGAAUCACCUGCAAGUGAAGCUAACGAAAAUCAUGUCUCUACUCUUGAGCAACAUGAUGCUGAAAGCUCUGUUGCAGGUGUAAAAUCUGAAAAUAGCUCUCCAAAGUCUGAUAGACUGUCCCAUGCUGUGCCUCUUGGUCUUGACGAAUUCAAGAGCCGAGCAUUCAUUUCUAGAAGUAAAUCUGGUACUGGUCAGACAGGAGUAAUACAUAGAUUGGAGCCAGGGGGUAAAGAAUACAAUUAUGCCUCCGCGUCAAAAGGAGCGAAGGUCCUGGUAUAUAACAAGGAAGCAAAGGGUGCCUCUAAUAUCUUAGGCAGAGACAAGGACAAGUACCUAAGGAAUCCCUGUUCUGCAGAAGAGAAAUUUGUUGUUAUAGAACUUUCAGAAGAAACUUUAGUAGACACCAUUGAAAUAGCAAAUUUUGAGCAUUACUCUUCUAAUUUGAAAGAAUUUGAGUUGCUUGGAAGUUUGGUUUUUCCUACAGAUGUUUGGAUUAAGCUUGGGAACUUUACUGCCACCAAUGUGAAGCUUGCUCAGAGAUUUGUUCUUCAGGAACCAAAAUGGGUGAGGUAUUUGAAGUUAAACCUUCUGAGCCAUUAUGGUUCUGAAUUUUAUUGUACCCUGAGUGUUAUUGAAGUGUAUGGAGUGGAUGCAGUGGAGAGAAUGCUGGAGGAUUUGAUCUCUGUUCAGGAUAAUCUGUUUACACCUGAGGAUGGAGUGCAUGAUCAGAAACAAAUGCCUUCACAUCUGGAGUCCACUCAUCGCGAUGAUGUUCAUCAAAGUUCAUUCAAGGAAAUGGGAUCUGAGUCUUUAGUAGAAAACUCGAAAGUGCAACUUGAUGUUACAAAUAAUAUUGUUCCCAAUCCGGUCGAAGAAAUUCGUCAUCAACAAGUUGGCCGAGUGCCUGGAGACAGUGUUCUAAAAAUUUUGAUGCAGAAAGUUCGAGCUCUAGACUUAAAUUUAUCUGUUUUGGAGCGGUAUUUAGAAGAAUUGAAUUCCAAAUAUGGCAAUAUUUUUAAAGAAUUUUACGAAGAUAUACGAGAAAAAGAUAAACUUCUAGAGAAGAUUAAAUCAAAUAUAAAAGAUCUCCAUGACAGCCAGAAGAUCAUUGCUAAAGAUGUUGGUGAGGUUGCUUCCUGGAAAUCUCUGGUUUCGGUUCAGUUGGAUGCUUUACUCCGAGACAAUGCUGAUCUCAGGUUGAAAGUUGAAAAAGUUGGGGAGAAGCAGAUAUCAAUGGAGAAUAAGGCCAUUGCAGUAUUUGCUGUAAGCAUAGUUUUUGGAUUCAUUGCUUUUGUGAGGUUACUGGUAGAUAUGUUGUUGAGCGUUUACAUGUCAUCAUUGAGUGCUCAAAGAACGGAGAAGCCAUGGAAAUUUUGUACCUCUAGCUCUUCCUGGCUCUUCUUGUUAAGCAGCUGUGGCAUAAUCAUCUUUAUAUUAUCGAUUUAAAUAUGCUUUAUGGAGCAUUCACUUUUGGAAUUUGGUUUUUUCUUUCGUUUGGCAGUUACAAUGCCUGCUCUUAGUUGGUUUCUCUUUUGUGUUCUUCCUUCUGAAAUUGCAGUAGAUUAAGCAAGGCUUGCAUGCAACCUGUGGUAUAAUAUACUAGUAAAAUAUAAGAAAAAAAAGAAAAAAAGAAAAGAAGGGAAAGGAGGCUCAGAAAAUACAACUAUCACAUUACUCCUAAUUGGAAACUAAGGUUUAUAAUAGAUGAUAUAGGGUAAGUUUGGAAUGCAAAGCACUCACACUGGAGGUGUAGUUGAUACAAAGAUGUGUUAACAGCUGCUUAUAAUCCAAAUGAUAUUGUGAUGUGGCAUUAUUUACGCCAAUUUGUUGCUGGAGUUUGAGGAUCUAGUCGACC